AUGAGUUCCUCUGCAGCGAUCUGUGGAGUUAUUGUCCUUCUCAUGGCAGCAGAUGUUUGUGGUCAGAAUGGUUGGAGAGUGAUUUAUAGUCCUGACAUUUGUGCCCCGAAAGGAUCAACGGUGAAAAUGAGCUGCAACUAUUAUCACCCAGCAUAUUACGACAAUGUUAAGACUUAUAUAAUGGAAACAUUUUGGUUUACAAAACAGUUUGAUGGAGGUUAUGUGGAUCUGAAAGACGACCCAGAUUAUUCUGGUCGUGUGGAAUACCAAUGCAAACACACUCCCUGCACUCUGAAGAUUUCUAAUGUGAGACAAACUGACUCAAAUACGUACAAGUUCAGGUUCAUAACAAACCAUCCAAAUGGAAAAUACGCGGGUUUACCUGGAGUCUCUUUGUCUGUCACAGAUCCACAGCUCCAGGUGAAAGUAAACAGAUUAGAUGAUCCAAUCAGGAUCCAGCUGACAUGUCACACUGACUGCCAGCUGCCUCGUUCAGUUUCCUACGUCUGGCUGGUGGAUGGAGAAACACACAAAGAAGGAAACAAUAUUUUCCAUUCCUCAUUUAAUACCCCACACAGAUAUCAAUGUGCCAUCAAAGGACAUGAGGACGUUCCAUCUCCUGCAGUGUAUGCUGCACAGACCCCCGUUCUGUCAGUGACCCCCUCAGAAACUGUUGAAGGCUCUGAAGUGACUCUGAACUGCAGCUGUGAUGCUAAUCCAGCAGCUAAAUACAACUUUUACAGGGUGAAUGGAGAGAAACAUGGUCAACUUCUCAUAACAGAAACACAAGCAGUCUUCAGCUCCAUCCAGGUCUCUGAUUCUGGGAGGUUUUACUGUACAGCUGAAAACGACCUUGGCAGCCGAACGUCUCCAAGUAUCGAUAUUAACGUGAAAUACGGUCCAAAGAACUGUUUUGUGUCAGUGAAGCCCUCUGGAUCAGUGGAGGAGGGAAACCCAGUGACUCUGACCUGCAGCAGUGAUGCUAACCCAGCAGCUAACUACACCUGGUACAAGGAGAAUAAAAUCAUUGCUAAUGGAUCAGAGGUUUAUCGUGUCCUUGCUGUCGGCUCUGAGAACAGAGGAAAUUAUUCUUGCAAGGCUCAGAACCUGCAUGGAGGAUGUAACUCUUCACCUCGAUUUCUAGAUGUUCUCUAUGCCCCAAAGGUUCCCUCUGUGUCCAUGACUCCAUCAGGUGAGAUCAUGGAGGGAAACCCGGUGACUCUGACCUGCAGCAGUGAUGCUAACCCAGCAGCUAGCUACACCUGGUACAGGGGAAAAGACCCUAAACCCCUGAAAUCAAACAAAAAUCUCAUCUUCAGCUCCAUUAGUUCAAAGGAUUCUGGGCAAUAUUACUGCAUAGCCGCAAACCAGAGGGGACAAAAGAAGUCAAGUGUCAAUGUUGACGUUGCAUAUGCUCCCAGAUCUCUUUCAGUGUCUCAGAGUCCGUCUGGUGACAUCAUGGUGGGCAGCUCCGUGACUCUGACAUGUAGCAGUGAUGCUAACCCAGCAGCUAACUACACCUGGUACAAGGAAGGAAGGAAACAAGAAUCUUCAGGAGAACGCUUCAUCAUCACCAACAUACAAAAUGAACAUCGUGGGAUCUAUCACUGUAAAGUCCAGAACAAGAUAGGACAUCAUAACACCUCUGUAUCAGUGACUGUUGUAGAAGCUAUGAUUAAUUUCUCUGACGCUCUCGUGCCGUUUGCCCUGCCGCUCGGCUGGGGACUCGGAUACAUGAUAACAACAGGCAUGGAGAAAAUGUUGGAAUACUUUAGUGCCUCGGAUUCAAAUUUUGAUGGCACGGACAUGGAAGAAACCGACCCGGCGGGGAAGGUUUCUUCUCCCACUGAGUCUGUGAGGGUCCCCAACGACCAGGCUACCCCGGCUGGGGUAGCCCUCUCACCCUCAGAGAGCUCUGCCCCGGCUGGGGUAGUUCUCUCUGAGGAAGAGAGCAAACUCGUUGGGGACAAUGCAAACAUCACAGUGAAUGAGUAUACAAGGAUCAAUGGACCGGAGGGGGACGUUGACCUUUUGGAGCAAAUGUUUUGGGCAGAAACCAUGCAGAUGACAGAAGCUCCACCGGACACCGAAGAGGACAGGAACGUUUCAGAAAACCUUUGCAAGUUUUCAAAUAACUUGACUAACAGCUGGGUGAACGCCGCGUUACAAUCUGUCCUGAAUCUGAGCGAGACGAAGCGAUGUCUCGCUCAGGAGAAGAUCUUCUUGGAGGCGUCGCCAAUUCCCUCCUGCUCUGGUUUAAUUCUAUCAGCAAUUCGCAAUCCCGGCAAACAUGUUUCUCCCGAGGAGAUAAAUCCAAUCCUGGAAGAACUGACAGCGAGGGACCUGGGAAAGGGCGGGGAAUUCGAAGUAAAAUCAUUGGUGGAGCUGGUUUUAGUCUGGCUGGACUCGUUUGGUGGAAAGACCGACACAGAGUUGUUCAAGCUGAGUUACAAGCACUGCCUGACGAACAACAAUGUGUUGGUGUUCCACCUGCCGCAGUCAGCCAGACUAGGCCAGCGCAAUAAACUGACCCCCAACCAGUCCCUCACUGUACAGGGAGAACAUGGACCAGAAGUCUACAAAUUGUCAUCGGUCAUCUGCAAUGGUUCUGACAAAUCCAAAUACUACACAUGCAUACCUCACGGAGCUCAGGGUCGGGAGGUGCUGGUGCCUAUCUCCAGCUGA